AUGGCCGCGGCCACCUCCCCUCCCAGGGCCGAGAGAAAGCGCUGGGCCGGGGGCCGCCUGCCGGGCGCCCGGCGGGGCAGCGCGGGCCUGCCCAAGAAGUGCCCCUUCUCCCUGGAGCUGGCCGAGGGCGGCCCGGCGGGCGGCGCGCUCUACGCGCCCACCGCUCCGCCCGGCGCCCCGGGGCCCGCGUCCCCCGCCGCGCCCGCCGCGCCCCCCGCCGCCGCCGCCGCCGCCGCCGACCUUGGCCCGCGGCCGCCGGUGAGCCUCGACCCGCGCGUCUCCAUCUACAGCGCGCGCCGCCCGCUGCUCGCGCGCACUCACAUCCAGGGCCGCGUCUACAACUUCCUGGAGCGCCCCACCGGCUGGAAGUGCUUCGUCUACCACUUUGCCGUCUUCCUCAUUGUCUUGGCCUGCCUCAUCUUCAGCGUGCUGUCCACCAUUGAGCAGUAUGUCGCCCUGGCCACGGGGACCCUCUUCUGGAUGGAGAUCGUCCUGGUCGUGUUCUUUGGGACGGAGUACGUGGUCCGCCUCUGGUCAGCCGGCUGCCGCAGCAAGUACGUGGGCAUCUGGGGCCGGCUGCGCUUUGCCCGGAAGCCCAUUUCCAUCAUCGACCUCAUCGUGGUCGUGGCCUCCACGGUCGUCCUCUGCGUGGGCUCCAAAGGGCAGGUGUUUGCCACCUCGGCCAUCAGGGGCAUCCGCUUCCUCCAGAUCCUGAGGAUGCUGCAUGUCGACCGCCAGGGGGGCACGUGGAGGCUGCUGGGCUCCGUGGUCUUCAUCCACCGCCAGGAGCUGAUCACCACCCUGUACAUCGGCUUCCUGGGCCUCAUCUUCUCCUCCUACUUCGUGUACCUGGCCGAGAGGGACGCCGUGAACGAGUCGGGCCGGGUCGAGUUCGGCAGCUACGCGGACGCCCUCUGGUGGGGGGUGGUGACGGUCACCACCAUCGGCUACGGGGACAAGGUGCCCCAGACGUGGGUCGGGAAGACCAUCGCCUCCUGCUUCUCCGUCUUCGCCAUCUCCUUCUUUGCGCUUCCGGCGGGGAUUCUCGGCUCCGGUUUCGCCCUGAAGGUCCAGCAGAAACAGAGGCAGAAGCACUUCAACCGGCAGAUCCCGGCCGCAGCCUCGCUUAUCCAGACGGCGUGGCGGUGCUACGCGGCCGAGAACCCCAACUCCUCCACCUGGAAGAUCUACGUCCGGAAGCCGCCCCGCAGCCAUGCUCUGCUCUCCCCCAGCCCCAAGCCCAAGAAGUCUGCCAUGGUAAAGAAAAAAAAGUUCAAACUGGACAAGGACAACGGGCUGAGCCCGGGGGAGAAGAUGCUGGUGGUCCCCCACAUCACUUGCGACCCCACGUCGGAGGAGCGGAGGCCUGAGCACUUCUCGGUGGACGGCUACGACAGUUCUGUGAAAAAGAGCCCCACGCUGCUGGAAGUGAGCACGGCCCAUUUCAUGAGAACCAACAGCUUUGCCGAGGACCUGGACCUGGAAGGGGAGACUCUGCUGGCGCCCAUCACCCACGUGUCGCAGCUGCGGGAGCACCACCGGGCCACCAUCAAGGUCAUUCGGCGCAUGCAGUAUUUUGUGGCCAAGAAGAAAUUCCAGCAAGCGCGGAAGCCCUACGACGUGCGGGAUGUCAUCGAGCAGUACUCCCAGGGCCACCUCAACCUCAUGGUGCGCAUCAAGGAGCUGCAGAGGAGGCUGGACCAGUCCAUCGGGAAGCCCUCCCUCUUCGUCUCCGUCUCAGAGAAGACUAAGGACCGAGGCAGCAACACGAUCGGUGCCCGCCUGAACCGCGUGGAGGACAAGGUGACGCAGCUGGACCAGAGGCUGGUGCUUGUCACAGACAUGCUGCACCAGCUGCUCGCCCUGCACCACGGAGGCUCCCCGGGCAGCCGGCCCUCCAGCGGGGGCGGGGCCCAGGUGGUCCAGCCCCACAGCGGUGGCUCCAGCAACCCCGAGCUCUUCCUGCCCAGCAACGCGCUGCCCACCUACGAACAGCUGACCGUGCCCCGCGGGGGCCCCGACAAGGGCUCCUGAUGGGGGCUCGGGGCCCAGGCCUGAGAGGGGAGGCCCCGAGGAGGCCUGCCCGGCCCACCCCAGCCCCCACUCAGCACAGGCACCACUAGGCCUCAGCCACCUCUCGAAGGCCCGCGAGAGCAGCCCCGCUCUCCGAGGCCCCAGACACCCGGUGGGCUACAGGGCCCUCUGGCCUGGGCUGGGGGGCUCGCCAAGACCGCCUCUUCCCAGCCAGCGGGUACUAGAAUUUGGCUGGGUGUUGGGAGGAGGAGGGGCCUCUCAGCUCUGAGACCGGGGUCCCCCCACACUGCUUGCGUGAUGCUCGGGACAAAGUGGCAGGGGGUCAGGCCGGGCGUCCCAGGCGCUUGGGUCGGUCCCAUGUAUGGCCAGGAAGCAGCACAACUCUGUGCAGGCCCCAGGGCGUUCCUGAGGGGAGACAGGGAUGGCCUGGACAGGGCCUGUGAGGACCCCACCCCCGGCCUCAAAUCCAGGCCCGGGGGGACCCAGGGAAAAGGCAGGCAAGGCAGGGCAGGGCAGGCCCAGCCCACGUCGAAUAAAGGACGCCCACGGACAAGGCCCGAUCGAGGCCCAAGAGCCCGUCAGAGGCCCCCGGGCCUGGGCCUGACUCCCUCACGCUCCAGAGAUGCUGACUCAGGCCAGGAGCCGCUGGGGAGCUGCUCCUGAGGCCACAGCUUCCAACGGGAGGGACAUGUCCACCGCUGGGGGUGGACCGCCCACCAGUGGAAUGGGGGUGCCCAGGACCCCCACUUUGGACUGGCAGCUUCUCCUACCCAUUCCGGAGAAAAGAGGAGGGUCCCCAAACCCCGCUCUGCGUGCGGGCCUCGCCUCCAGCUCCCUGCCUGGUCUGAGCAGCUGGACAGACACACAGACGGUCGCCUCCCCGACCAGCUGCUGAGCCACAGGGGAGCAGACGGGCGUCACCGGCUCCGACGAGACCCGUCUCCUGUGGGGCGCUCCGUCUCACCGAAAUCAGAAUAAUCUGUGGUGAUUU